UAAGGAAGAGGAUCGGAGGUCAGGUGGAAACAAUAGAGAGGAUGAUAACAGGUCCGGUGGAAACAGAGGAGAAGAAGGUGUUGAGAGGUCAGGUGGAAACAGAGAAAAAGAUGAUAAGAUGUCAGGUGGAAACAGUAAGGAAGAGGAUCAGAGGUCAGGUGGAAACAGUAAAGAAGAGGAUAAGAAGUCGGGUGGAAACAGAGGAGAAGAUGAUAACAGGUCUGGUGGAAACAGUAGUGAGGAUGAUGACAGGUCAGGUGGAAACAGAGGAGGAGAAGGUUAUAAGAGGUCAGGUGGAAACAGUGUAGAAGUUGAUACAAGGUCAGGUGGAAACAGUGUAGAAGAUGGUAAGAGGUCAGGUGGAAACAGUAGUGAGGAUGAUGACAGGUCAGGUGGAAACAGAGGAGGAGAAGGUUAUAAGAGGUCAGGUGGAAACAGUGUAGAAGUUGAUACAAGGUCAGGUGGAAACAGUGGAGAAAAUGGUAAGAGGUCAGGUGGAAACAGUAGUGAGGAUGAUGACAGGUCAGGUGGACACAGAAGAGGAGAUGGUGAUAAGAGGUCAGGUGGAAACAGUGAGGUAGAGGAUAAGAGGCCAGGUGGAAACAGCGGAGAAUAUAAUAAGAGGCCAGGUGGAAACAGUAAGGAAGAGGAUAAGAGGCCAGGUGGAAACAGUAAGGAAGAGGAUAAGAAGUCAGGUGGAAACAGAGGAGAAGAUGAUAAGAGGUCAGGUGGAAACAGAGGAGAAGUUGAUACAAGGUCAGGUGCAAACAGUAGUGAGGAUGAUGACAGGUCCGGUGGACACAGAAGAGGAGAAGGUGAUAAGAGGUCAGGUGGAAACAGUGAGGAAGAGGAUAAGAGGCCAGGUGGAAACAGUAGGGAAAAGGAUAAGAGGUCAGGUGGAAACAGUGAUGAAGAGGAUAAGAGGCCAGGUGGAAACAGUAGGGAAAAGGAUAAGAGAUCAGGUGGAAACAGUGGAGAAGAUGGUAAGAGGUCAGGUGGAAACAGAGGAGGAGAAGGUUAUAAGAGGUCAGGUGGAAACAGUAAGGUAGAGGAUAAGAGGCCAGGUGGAAACAGUGGAGAAGAUGGUAAGAGGUCAGGUGGAAACAGUGUUGAAGUUGAUACAAGGUCAGGUGGAAACAGGUGUGAUGUCAGGUCCGGUGGACACAGAAGUGGAGAAGGUGAUAAGAGGUCAGGUGGAAAUAGAGGAGAAGAUGAUACAAGGUCAGAUGGAAACAGUAGUGAGGAUGAUGACAGGUCCAGUGGAAACAGAAGAGGAGAAGAUGAUAAGAGGUCAGGUGUAAACAGUGAGGAAAAGGAUAAGAGGUCAGGUGGAAACAGUGGAGAAGAUGGUAAGAGGUCAGGUGGAAACAGUGAGGAAGAGGAUAAGAGGCCAGGUGGAAACAGUAGGGAAGAGGAUAAGAAGUCAGGUGGAAACAGAGACGAAGAUGAGAAGAGGUUAGGUGGAAACAGUGUAGAAGUUGAUACAAGGUCAGGUGGAAACAGUAGUGAGGAUGAUGACAGGCCCGGUGGACACAGAAAAGGAGAAGGUGAUAAGAGGUCAGGUGGAAACAGUGAGGAAGAGGAUAAGAGGCCACGUGGAAACAGUGAGGAAAAGGAUAAGAGGUCAGGUGGAAACAGUAGUGAGGAUGAAAAUAGGUCUGGUGGAAACAUUGAAGAAGAAAAGAGGUCCGGUGGAAAUGGUAGAGAGGAUGAUAACAGGUCCGGUGGAAACAGAGGAGGAGAAGGUGUUGAGAGGUCAGGUGGAAACAGUAAAGAAGAGGAUCAGAGGUCAGGUGGAAACAGGGGAGAAAUGAUACAAGGUCAGGUGGAAACAGAGGAGGAAAAGGUUAUAAGAGGUCAGGUGGAAACAGUGUAGAAGUUGAUGACAGGUCCGGUGGACACAGAAGAGGAGAUGGUGAUAAGAGGUCAGGUGGAAACAGUAAGGUAGAAGAUAAGAGGCCAGGUGGAAACAGUGGAGAAGAUAAUAAGAGGUCAGGUGGAAACAGUGUAGAGGAUGAUACAAGGUCAGGUGGAAACAGUAGUGAGGAUGAUGACAGGUCCGGUGGAAACAUAAGAGGAGGAGGUAAGAGGUCAGGUGGAAACAGAGGAGGAGAAGGUUAUAAGAGGUCAGGUGGAAACAGUGUAGAAGUUGAUACAAGGUCAGGUGGAAACACGUGUGAUGACAGGUCCGGUGGACACAGAAGUGGAGAAGGUGAUAAGAGGUCAGGUGGAAACACUGAGGAAGAGGACAAGAGGCCAAGUGGAAACAGAGGAGAAGAUGAUACAAGGCCAGAUGGAAACAGUGAGAAAAAGGAUAAGAGGUCAGGUGGAAACAGUGGAGAAGAUGGUAAGAGGCCAGGUGGAAACAGUGAGGAAGAGGAUAAGAGGCCAGGUGGAAACAGUAGGGAAGAGGAUAAGAAGUCAGGUGGAAACAGAGAAGAAGAUGAUAAGAGGUUAGGUGGAAACAGUGUAGAGGAUGAUACAAGGUCAGGUGGAAACAGUAGUGAGGAUGAUGACAGGUCCGGUGGAAACAUAAGAGGAGGAGGUAAGAGGUCAGGUGGAAACAGAGGAGGAGAAGGUUAUAAGAGGUCAGGUGGAAACAGUGUAGAAGUUGAUACAAGGUCAGGUGGAAACACGUGUGAUGACAGGUCCGGUGGACACAGAAGUGGAGAAGGUGAUAAGAGGUCAGGUGGAAACACUGAGGAAGAGGACAAGAGGCCAAGUGGAAACAGAGGAGAAGAUGAUACAAGGCCAGAUGGAAACAGUGAGUAAAAGGAUAAGAGGUCAGGUGGAAACAGUGGAGAAGAUGGUAAGAGGCCAGGUGGAAACAGUGAGGAAGAGGAUAAGAGGCCAGGUGGAAACAGUAGGGAAGAGGAUAAGAAGUCAGGUGGAAACAGAGAAGAAGAUGAUAAGAGGUUAGGUGGAAACAGUGUAGAAGUUGAUACAAGGUCAGGUGGAAACAGUAGUGAGGAUGAUGACAGGUCCGGUGGACACAGAAGAGGAGAAGGUGAUAAGAGGUCAGGUGGAAACAGUGAGGAGGAGGAUAAGAGGCCAGGUGGAAACAGUGAGGAAAAGGAUAAGAGGUCAGGUGGAAACAGUGGAGAAGAUGGUAAGAGGUCAGGUGGAAACAGAAAGGGAGAAGGUUAUAAGAGGUCAGGUGGAAACAGUGUAGAAGUUGAUUACAGGUCUGGUGGAUACAGAAGAGGAGAAGGUGAUAAGAGGUCAGGUGUAAACAGUAAGGUAGAGGAUAAGAGUCCAGGUGGAAACAGUGGAGAAGAUAAUAAGAGGUCAGGUGGAAACAGUGUAGAGGAUGAUACAAGGUCAGGUGGAACCAGUAGUGAGGAUGAUGACAGGUCCGGUGGAAACAUAAGAGGAGAAGGUGAUAAGAGCUCAGGUGGAAACAGUGUAGAAGUUGAUGACAGGUCCAGUGGACACAGAGGUGGAAACAGAAGAGGAGAAGGUGAUAAGAGGUCAGGUGGAAACAGUGAGGUAGAGGAUAAGAGGCCAGUUGGAAACAGUGGAGAAGGUUAUAAGAGGUCAGGUGGAAACAGUGAGGUAGAGGAUAAGAGGUCAGGUGGAAACAGUGAAUAAGAUGGUAAGAGGCCAGGUGGAAACAGUGAGGAAGAGGAUAACAGGCCAGGUGGAAACAGUGAGGAAAAGGAUAAGAGGUAAGGUGGAAACAGUUGAGAAAAUGGUAAGAGGUCAGGUGGAAACAGUGUAGAAGUUGAUGACAGGUCCGGUGGACACAGAAGAGGAGAAGGUGAUAAGAGGUCAGGUGGAAACAGUGAGGUAGAGGAUAAGAGGCCAGGUGGAAACAGUGGAGAAGGUUAUAAGAGGUCAGGUGGAAACAGUGAGGUAGAGGAUAAGAGGUCAGGUGGAAACAGUGAAUAAGAUGGUAAGAGGCCAGGUGGAAACAGUGGAGAAGAUGGUAAGAGGCCAGGUGGACACAGUGGAGAAGAUGGUAAGAGGCCAGGUGGAAACAGUGGAGAAGAUAAUAAGAGGUCAGGUGGAAACAGUGUAGAGGAUGAUACAAUGUCAGGUGGAAACGGUAGUGAGGAUGAUGACAGGUCCUCUGGAAACUUAAGAGGAGAAGGUAAGAGGUCAGGUGGAAACAGUGUAGAAGUUGAUACAAGGUCAGGUGGAAACAGGUGUGAUGACAGGUCCGGUGGACACAGAAGAGGAGAAGGUGAUAAGAGGUCAGGUGGAAACAGUCAGGAAGAGGAUUAGAGGUCAUGUGGAAACAGAGGAGAAGAUAAUAAGAGGUAAGGUGGAAACACUGAGGAAGAGGAUAAGAGGCCAGGUGGAAACAGUGGAGGAGAUGAUAAGAGGUCAGGUGGAAACGGAGGAGAAGAUGAUACAAGGUCAGAUGGAAACAGUAGUGAGGAUGAUGACAGGUCCGGUGGAAACAGUAAGACAUAGGAUAAGAGGUCAGGUGGAAACAGUGAAGAAGAUAAUGAGAGGUCAGGUGGAAACAGAUGAGAAGAUGAUAAGUGGUCAGCUGGAAACAGAGGAGAAGAUGAUAUUAUGUCAGGUGGAAACAGUAGAGAAGAAGGUGAUAAGAGUUCCGGUGGAAACUGAUGGGGGAGAAGGGGUUUAGAGGUCAGGUGGAAACAGUAAUGAAGAGGAUAAGAGGUCAGGUGGAAACAGAGGAGAAGAUAAGAGGUCUUUUUGGGGGAAACUUUCUGCAGUUUUGUGGAAAAUUUUAGACAAACUCAAUAAUGUGACACAAAAUGUUGCCAGAAGUUUGGAAAUGUUUGCCACUAGUGGUGAAUCUGCGGCAAACCUUUGGCACCGGUAAUAUGUAUUGCCACUAGUAGCAAACAGUUCGCCACAGUUUAUUUUCUUGCAAACAAUUCUCUUAAGAUUCUAUUUGAUUCUGUGGCAAACAUGUGGCAACAAUAUUUAUUGCCUUGCCACUAGUGGCAAACAGUUUACCAGAAGCCAUUUCGGGUGAGCACACGAGUUCCAAGACCAGGAAUCGUUGAUGACCAAUCAUGGGGUUUACAAAAAUAGUUUGGAAAAUGGAAACCAAGUUAUCUAGCACGCUACCUACCAAAGUUUGCCGCAACAAAUUCCUUUUUGUUACGUUAAUUAAACUUCCUAAUAAACUUUAAAAUUUUUAGCUGA